CAGACACAUAAAGAAGACGCUGAUUUAUUAGGAGUCAGAAACAGACAGGUGUUCGUUGAUGAUUUCUCUCUUCCUCUCCCUCCUCCCCUCACAAACUCUAUCAAUGGCUGUGGCCUUGGGCAACUCCUGACUAUAUUUUUUUAUCUUAUCCUCUUCCUCCUCACUCUUUCACCCUUCUCUGCACUCUUUCCUCCCUCUGUCUCUCUUAUUUCACUUUUGUCAUCCUUAUUUUUUUAAUAUACACUCUCUUUCUCCCUCCUAUUCCUCGCUCUUGGCCACAUUCAUCUUCUGAUUGUUGUGAUUACUGUGCGUUCCUCUGCCAUGGCCUGCAGGAAGAGUGAGUUAGUACAUGUCAGCGAGCACAGGUAUGCACUGUGGACACCGGCUGGCUCAUUCACCGACUGCUGGAGUGAGGAAGGAGACGCCUGUAUGCAUGGGCUGCAGAACAAAGUUCCAAAUCAGCCACAAGAGGAGGCAGAGAACAAGAAGAAGAAGGAGAAGAACCAGGCAAAAGAGCACAGAUUUGAAAAGUCUGAGCAGUGUUUCAACAAAAAAAAAAAAAAGCUGAGGGAGGAAAGAAGCCGGGAGGAACACAAGGCAGCAAUGGAUAGCAGAGUGGCUCAGCCUGACCCUGGGAUGGCCUGGAUUCACACACUGCUGCUGGCCACCAUCUAGCACACAUACUAGGCUGCUAACACCAGUGAGCUCCCAUGUGUUCGUUCAGCCAUGCUCCCUGGGUAUGGAUUCUCACCUUUUCCUGAUUUCCAACCCCACCUUCACGCUUUUCACUGCCGAGGAGAGAGUCCCAGCAUGUGGAUCCCUGGCUCAGGAGAGUCCCAGGUUCUGAGCGAGGCCCAGGAGGACAGGCCUCUCCUCCACCCGUGCCACCACAAGCAUGUCGCUGUGUGCCAGCAGGAAACAUUGGCUUUUAUUGAGCUACAACCACCAGUGACUCCUAAACUAAACGGUUUUGGCUCUCCAAGGCCAACUGUUAUUGCAGGCGCACAAUGCACAACACACUCCCUGCCCCUGAACGGCUUCAGACACACACUAAAUGAACUGAAUGACAUGCAGAACGGCUGCCACAGGACAGACAAUGAACAUGAAACAACGUUGAAUUUGAACGCUCAUACACCUGCAUGCGACGGUGAGCUUGAAUGCCAUAAUGGCAUCAGGACAUCCUUGCAGGAGCAAACUGAAAAACCUCGUACUGUCACAACAGUAUGUCGUCCUCUCCACGCCGCCCUUAGCCUCCCUCUGUCGUUCCCUCUGUCAUCUCUAUACACAAACAAAGACUCCUGGGAAUCUCAGUUACCUUGUUCCCCAUCCUCACCUGAAGGUCCAGGGUUUCAGAGCCCAGACUCCUGCCAGCCGCAGAGGAGGACAUCACAGGGUUCACUGAAAGAGAAGUCUAUCCGGCGAAAGAUGCAGGUCUAUUCCCCAGACAGCCCGAGCGAUGAAUCUCUCAGCAGCCCAAUCCUGGAUGCAGACUACAUCUUCCCAGGACCUUUUGCAUCUUUCCUGGAGGAGGACCUUAGUGGAUUAUCUUCCCUGGAGGCCAUUUCAAGUCCUUCAUCCACAGACGGUGUCACAGAUCUCCCAAACCUCAGUCACGAUGAUAUUUUUAAUCUACCUGCAGAACCACUGCAGAUAAUAGAGGACUCAAUUCCAGGGUUAGGGGAAGACAGGAGGAGUGUAGACACAUCGAGUGCCACAGGAGGGAGCUUUUUGUCACGCAGCCGUCAAGGGGAUCAAGAACGGCGACGCUUCUCAGCUUCGGAACUUAUAUCUAGACUCCAGCUGUCUCAAAGGAAAAGCUCCUUCACCCUGAAGCUGGGGAAGUCGCUGUCUGCACGGGUGGCCUCCCGGGACAGACAGAGCUCCAACAACCUCAGCCCCAACCCAGACUAUAAGUCCAACUCCAAGCACCGCUUCUCAGGAGGUUCUAGUGAUAGCGCCCCCCACAGUCCUGUAGGACCUGCACCUACUCUGCCCAGUGGUGACAAUGGCAUGCCUUUGCAUCGGUGGACCACAAAACUCGGAAUGCGAAAGAAAUCCAUAGAGGAGGACUUUGGCACCCUUCCAUCUGUUGCUAGUUCGAAUCGCUUAUCGCGGUUUUUACCUAGCUCGAUUCUGUACCAGGAAUACAGUGACGUCGCCAUCAACAGAGAGAUCCAGAGGCAGCAAGGGAAGGAGCCAGGCACAGAGGAUGAGGGGCUCAGGGAUGAGGAGUCAGACGGGACCCCGUCUCCUUCUAAUCUGUCUCCAUCCAGCUCCUUUCGCUCAUCGCGAGGCUCUGCUUUUGCACUGUGGCAGGACAUCCCAGAUGUUCGAACCAGCGGUCAGCUCGACAACUUCAGCAACGAGGAAAGGAAAUUACAGGAGGCAAAGUUUGAGCUGGUGACGUCUGAGGCAUCGUACAUUCGUAGUUUGACGAUCGCAGUGGACCACUUCAUGUUGUCGCAGGAGCUUGCCGAGUGUCUUGGAGCUCAGGAUAAGCAGUGGCUCUUCUCCAAGCUGCCCGAAGUCAAAGAUGUCAGUGAGAGGUUUCUUCAGGACUUGGAGCACAGGCUGGAGGAAGACAUUCUGCGUUUUGAUGUGUGCGACAUCGUCUUGGAACACUGUCCAGCUUUGCGAAGGGUUUAUUUACCUUAUGUAACCAACCAGGCUUACCAGGAGCAGACAUACCAGCGUUUGCUGCAUGAGAACCCUCGUUUCCCCGGCAUCCUGGCUCGUUUGGAGGAGGACCCCAUCUGCCAAAGACUUCCUCUGACCUCUUUUCUAAUCCUCCCGUUUCAGAGGAUCACGCGGCUUAAAAUGCUGGUGGAGAAUAUCUUAAAGAGGACAACACCAGGCUCCCGAGAUGAGGACACUGCCACGAAAGCUUUCAAUGAGCUAAAAAAGAUCAUCAAAGAAUGUAACUCUAGUGUGCAGUCAAUGAAGAGGAUGGAGGAACUUAUUCACCUCAACAAGAAAAUAAAUUUUGAGGGAAAGAUCUUUCCUCUGAUCUCUCAGUCCCGCUGGCUGGUGAAACACGGUGAGCUCCUGGAAGUGGACACUCAGACGAUGAGUAUUUCUGGAUCAAAGCUCAAGUUACCCACCAAGCCUGUGUACCUCCACCUGUUCAAUGACUGUCUCCUGCUGUCCAGGAGGAAGGAUACAUGGAAGUUCAUGGUAUUUGUACAUGCAAAGAUAGGAGAGCUGAAAGUGAAGGAUCUCAGUCAGAAGCUGCAGGGCAUCUCAGGCUUCAUCUUCCACCUGCAGCUGUGUGAAGCUCAGCAGCUCAAACACCAGAUCCUGCUCAAGUCACACACUGAGAGCGGGAAGCAGAGAUGGAUCACAGCAAUGUUUCCAUCUGAUCCACUCGAAGACAUCGAGCAGGCCAGUGAGAAUGAUGAUAUAUCCCAGGUUCAGUGCAUCAAAAGCUAUCAGGCCCAAGAGCACGAUGAGUUAACACUGGAAAAGGCCGACAUUCUUCAUGCUAAGACCAUUACAAGUGAUGGCUGGGUUGAAGGCAUCAGGCUGUCUGAUGGGGAACGGGGCUGGUUCCCCAAAACCUACGUGGAGGAAAUCACAAGUCGCAGCGCACGCCUCCGCAACCUCCGAGAAAAUAUCCGCAUCAAAUGUGUCACACAGAAACUGGAGGGGGAAGACUAACCAUUUUCACUGCAACUUGUCACGUGUCAAAGGUGCAUUUCAGUUACUGAGUUGUAUCUUUAAGCUUCUGGAUCAUUGUUUUAAUUUUAGAUGGAUGUGGGACCUACGUAUAGUAUGCAGGUACUAAAACAAGUCAACAUUUUUGACAGUUCAUCACAUGGUUGCUAAACUGUGUAUCAGCAUUUUCCUUUAGCAUGCUAACUGUGAAUACAGUUUUGAAAUGAGAGUGCAAAGCUUUUAAUGCUCCUUUGCAUUUUUAGUAAAAAGCUUUCAUACAAUAAGAGUCUGUCGACAAAAGUUCACAUUAGGACAUUUUUAACAAGUUUGCCACACUGUGGCAGUUUCUAAACUUUGUAGGAGCAAUUACUUUAUGCAUGCUUUCUGUGAAUGCAUUUCAUUACCAUUUUAAAGUCUGGGAAAACUUUCAAGCAUUUCAUCUGAUAAGUGUGGUAUACAUGCAUGCACAUUUACCAGCACAGGUAAUAAAUGUAAACAUAUUCAGAGAUAAAUGUGUACAUUUCUUGGUUCAUGUCAGAGAACAGUGGAAUGAGGCUAACUCAAAGUCUGUCACUACGUUUUUCUUCAGUCAUGUCUCGUGUGGCCAGAAUCCCUCGUUGAACUGUCUUAUGCAGUCAGCUGAGCUCUGCGAGGUGCAGGAGAUUUAUUCAUUCAUAUAAUAUUACAACAUCAGAAAAAACGCUUGAGGCAGAUCCUGCUGCUGAGCUGCAUUGGCACACAUCAGAGGCCUUUUGUCUUUUGUCUUUGUUUACACCAAGUGCUGCUUUAAUUUCAGAAGGCAGAUGAGAAGUUGCUCUGUUGUGUAGUCCACGUAUUCAACAAAAAUGUAAACUAGUUACGAGAAGAAAUGAAUGCCUUAUGUGUUGUGUUUAGUCCAUCCAAUAUCUGAUACGCUACAGUGCAUCGCUGUGCAACAGUUCAUUUCCAUCCAUGUGUUAAAAGAUGUGCAUUGUAAAAACAUCCUUGCCUCUUUAUUGAAGAGGAUGACACCCUCCCUAUAUGUACUGUAAAUGGUCUGUAGUAACAAUUUAGACUGCAUGACUCUGAUGGUUGGCCAGACAAGGAAACUGCAAAAUGGUGGUUUAAUUAUUUUUAAAGAUGACUUUCAUGAUUCUACUGUAACAUAAAUGAAGGACAGAAUAUCCUCUUUACAAGGCUGCACCACACAAAUACUUUUUUCUGUUAGUGCCCUAAUCUGAUUAAAGGAUUAGGCUGAACUAUAUUCUAUAUUUUUAUUAUUGUCAACAAAGCCCAUGAAAAGACCAAAACCACCAAUUGAUCCUACUGACAAGCGCUGCCUUUGUAACCAAAGCUUAGAGCUUAUUGUCCAAAAGCUAUUAAAACACAUAAAUGAGCCACACUGUUGCACUGGGUGACAUGUUCCUCAUUACCAUGAACACUGUAGUUAAUUUUGAGUUGAUCCCACAUACCCGUCCUCCGGAAGUAAAUACUGACUAGAGCCAAAUGUGUAUUAAUCUGCACCUGAAAAUAGUCCCCAACAAAUGCACUAUUUACUCCUCUUUUAGUAAUGUUUGCUAAAAAUGACAGUGCCCAGCUGUUUUAGGAAAUGGUUUGGCCUUUUUUUUUUUUUUUAAAUGAAACUAUAUAUUUGCGACUCAUUUUUAAAGAUUUAUGUCUUCAGUAGGCUUGGGGCUGAGUGCCUCAGACAGGAUAGGGAGGUUGGACAUUGUUGUUUUUUGUCUUUUCAGGGCAUUUGUCAGUAGGAAAAAUAUAAAAUAACACCAGCCUUGUCCUUUAAAAACCAGGAAAUGGACACGUAUCAAAUUCUCCUUGGAACACAUUCACAUUGAGCAUCUGUGUGUAAAAGUUUAGCUUCACAUGUACCAAUUUUAAAACUUUGAGCCCCAGUUUAGCCCAGCUGAAUAAAAGCUAGACAUUAUUGUAUUACAAUAAUCAUACAGGAUCAAGUAAUACCGUCAUACACUAAGCACUGAAUUACAUUUAGGCCUACAUUAUCCACACCGUUCCCCUCAUUAAGUGUAAAAAUCCCUAAAUGACCAAAAGCGCAGUGUAACUGUUGUUAAUGAACCACUAUAAUCAACAUUCAAAUGUAAACUCUUCCAGUGGCACAUGAAAUGUUCAUAACCCUUUGUUCUAUAUCUGCAUUGUUAGUUGUAAUUUAAGUGAUUGCUGUUGCAGCAUGUGUAUUUAUACUCCUCUAGCUGGUUGUUCUCUAAGGAGAUUCUGAUGUAAAUGUACUUUACUGUAGAUGGCUUCAUGUAUAAAGAGUAGAAAAUGGUUCAUUUACUUUUAUGACUGUAAUUUAUAUGAACAAUGAUUUGACAAAUAUUAUUGUACAAAUAUUUUUGAUUCAUUUCUAAUACCACAAUAAAUAUAAAUACUGUAAUACACUGGAUGUUUACUGGAUCACUGCACACUACUGUAAAUGUUUAACCAUUGAAAUAAAUACAGAUACUUCCAUUUUA